CUCUUGCUUCAUUCAUGUGAUAUGUGAUCGUCUGGUUAGACAUGACGUGUGUGUUUUCCUAGAGUUACAUUACGUUAAGCUGUGCCUUUGGAUCGAAACAAAAAUUCAGUAUUCUUCGCAAUAAUGAGUGAAACGUCGAACGCGAAUGGUUCGACGGGUGAGCCGGCCCCUGCGGCUGCUGCCGCCGAUGGCCAGGAAGUCGCCAACAGUCCCAAUGGCCAGCCAGCUGAGCCCGGAUUGUUGAAUCGCGAGCCCACCCGCAUGGAGUCGGCGAUGGCAAUGAUUAAAUCACUAAUUCUCAGGGCAAUUAUUAUUUAUUUCAUCACAUCAUUCUUUCGAAAGCCAGCACCUCCACCAACCACUGGCCAAGGUGGCCAGGCCAUAGUGACUGCAGCUAGGAAUAUGUUUGACAAUGGAUCACUGUAUUCUUUACAUGUUUAUUUAUCUGAACAUGAGAAAUUGUCAGAUUUUACAAAAGCCGAGAGAUUUUGGAUUGAAGAAGGGUUGAUGUAUGGUGAUUGGGGCAGUGGACCAAAUGGAGAUGGAUCAUAUGUGUUUCAAAAGAACAUUCCAGUCACCAAGCACAUGCUGAACAAUGGUUCUCUCUUUCUGCACACUUAUGUUACCAAAUAUGGGGAGAGUCCUGAUCCAAAAUCCAAAAAUUAUGGCAAGAAAUUUAUUUCCUCAUCAUAUAAACAACUUAAUAGAUUUAAGAAAUUAAAAUCUACUGGCCGAAAAAACCUUCUAACUGGCGAAUCAGAAGGUGAAACGGCCGAUGAUGGCAAAAUUCUAUCCCAUUGGCAUGAAAACAUCACGAUUAACUUGGUGACUGAUCAAACAAAUUGGCAAUACGGCGGAGUGCCCGCCCCUCUCGACGAAUACAUCAAAUUCAUCGAGAAUGGAGAAAUCUACAAACCCGUGGUGUUUGUCAACGACUAUUGGAACAUGGCGAAAGACUACAAACCUCUCAAUGAAACUUUCAGCCUACACAUUACAUUUCACCCAUUAAGUCUCUUCAAAUGGCAGCUUUACGCCGCGCAGAAGAUCCGCCAACAGUGGAACUGGUUCCAGGACGACGUGGAGCAAACCGACGACGAACAGGACACUCUGAAAGAAACCCUGCUCGAGACGAAUCCCUACCUCCUGGGAAUCACAAUAUUCGUAUCCAUUCUGCAUUCCAUUUUUGAAUUGUUAGCUUUUAAGAACGAUAUCCAGUUCUGGAAUAACCGCAACUCGCUCGAAGGCCUUUCAGUGCGCUCCGUGUUCUUCGGAGUCUUCCAAUCUGUCGUGGUAUUACUUUAUGUGCUUGAUAAUGACACCAACACCAUGGUACGAAUCUCGUGCUUUAUUGGCCUUGGAAUAGAACUGUGGAAAAUUCAAAAAGUCGUCGACGUGAAAUUCGAGAAUAACUGGAUCACCUUUAAAGACAAAGGUUCCUACGUAGAAAGUUCCACUCGUCAGUACGACGAGCUAGCAUUCAAAUAUCUAUCGUGGUUAUGCUUCCCGCUGCUGGCUGGGUACAGCGUUUACUCACUUAUGUACAUGGAGCAUAAAGGCUGGUACUCGUUUGUUUUAAAUCUGCUGUACGGUUUCCUGCUGACUUUCGGUUUCAUCAUGAUGACGCCGCAGCUGUUUAUCAACUACAAACUCAAGUCCGUCGCGCAUCUACCGUGGCGCAUGUUGACGUACAAAUUCUUGAAUACAUUCAUAGACGAUAUGUUUGCCUUCGUGAUUAAGAUGCCCACCAUGUAUCGCCUGGGCUGCUUCCGAGACGAUAUUAUUUUCCUGAUAUUUUUGUAUCAGAAGUGGAUUUACCCGGUUGACAAAACCAGACGGAAUGAGUUUGGUUACGUCGAGAGUGAGGCUAACCCCAAGGAGGAAACCAAAGCAGUCGAGGACAAGAAGACCAAGUAGAUUUACUACUUUGGUAGCUCUCGGAUUACAUUUGUUGCAUUUUCUAUUUGUAUACAUAUGUAGAAGUUACCCGCUUAAUUGUACAUCAUUAUAAAAUGUUAUUGUAAGUGAGGGGAAUUGCAAUGCUGAUCAAGAUUGCAUUUUAGUUAAAGCUCCAACGAAAUUUGACUUUUAGUCUGUAAGUUUUCUUUAUCGUUACAUUUCUUUUGGAGGUGGUGUGUGAAAUAUGAAUUGAUAUGUUGUUUUGUAACCGUAUUAAAUCAAUCUAAAGCAGUUGGAAUACCACUGCACAUGUAUUGGUGUAGAAUUGUAAAUAUCUAUACAUCAAUAUGCCAAGAUGUGCAUAAUAGGUUUUUUGAAUAUUACUUCUAACUGGUAUACUUUGAUACACGGUGCUGAGUCAACCUGCUAUUGAUAUGUAUUUAAUUUAUUUAGGGAUGUUUUUGACAUUGAAUAAAUGUUUUGGAGAAUAAAUUAAAUAAUGCAAAUACCA